AUGCCGGAAAGGUCGUCUCAACCACGGCUGCUGGAGGCUGUAUUUGACCAUCUGGUCUUGCCCCCCAGGCUUCCAGUAGCCCCAGAAACCGACUCCAUGCCGCUCAACCGGGAGCUGACGGCACGCUUCCUCGACGCUUGCAAGCAAAUGAAGUGCCGUGAAACCGAAAACCUUUGGGACACUGUUGAGGCGUCCUUGCUCCUGACACAGCAUCUGAACCGGGACCCCGCCUCCAAGGAAUCUCUGGCGGCAGCCUUCUCCCAAGUUGCUCAAGACGAAUCCGUUGCCUGGCUUGUCCUUCACGCUGUGCAGCAAAACGCUGUCAUCAUCAUUCACAAAAACAACGACACCAACGAGGUGGUCUUCGAGGCAUUCGAGGCUUCACCUACUGCUCCGGCUGUACUCGAAGCCAACCACGCCCUCCAGUGGACUUUUCCUGGUCGUUCUGCUGCUGUAGCCGAGUCCGAGUUCAGCAAAGAUGCGUUCCAGCAUGUCCUUGCAGAGUUCUUGGAGCAGGCCAGUGAGGUCGCCUUGGACAAGUUCGCAGCCCGAUCAUCCAAGGGGGGAGGAAUGGUUGUCGAGCCACGCGAUACUCCGAGCCCGGCCCUCAUCACGGAAAUGCUCAUGUCGUUCCUUGAAGCCACGGGGAGGCCCUUUCCCGUCCAUGCCGUUCAAAAACGCAUCAGAGACGACGUUGUGCUUAGAAUAGCGUCCGAAACUCCUUGGAGGCGCUCUCCCUACUGGCUGGCGCUUCGAGUUGCCGUCCAGCGAAUUCUGUUGACUUCAUGCGGCGAUGAUCUCGGUACCAGUCGCGUCCACUUCAAGUUCGCCAUGUGCGUCGUCCUUGCUCAUCUUCUGACCGACUGCCAGCCCGCUCUACAUCCCGAAAAGACUCUCAUGUUGCAGGCCAAACUGUGCCGUCGGCUCGCCAAGCUGCAAACUGCCAUGUCUGAAGCUCCUGUUGCCCUCCGUCAGCUGUACGAAAGAGAGUUCUCCAAGACAAGAUCCUUUUUCGAAUCCACUGUAGCCAACGCCAAGCGGGCCAUGACAACCCUCUGGCACGCCCACAAGAGAAGGGCAACUCGUCCCAUACCACUUCUUCCCGUGCGCGCUCCCAGCAGCGAUCUGGUCUUGAAAUUACAAAACAGCCGCAGUAAGCUACAGAGCCUUUUGACUACCGGGGUAGAACCACCCAAACGACAGGGUCUCCUCGGCCCUCCCUCGCUCGCUGAAGGAACAGUGUCUCAGGUCGACAAGCUCGCAACCCAAUGCUGCAAGCUCAUCGUCUGGGACAGCGUAACAAUGUCGGUGCUACGUGGUUCAUUUCCUUCGCCCGAAGCUAAAUGUAUCAAGCUUUCUUCGACAAUGCUCAAUUACAUGAAAAAGGUUGGUUACUACUACCGCAACAAUGAGAUCCUCAUGAGCCAGUAUCUGCUCAAUCUUUUUGAGCUUUGGGUUGCUAUCGACUCUCUAGCAACCACGAUUUGUCCCCUUCUCCGAGACUAUCACCCCGUAUUUGUUCCCGAGGCUAUAGACAUGCUUUGUCUCAUGACAAGAAACGACAUGGAGCGACUCCGCCAUGUGCAGCGAUAUAUAUCUGACCGCAUCAAGCGCUGCAAGACCGGCCAUGGGACCAUCUUCAGUCACCCCGGUUGUACCGCGGCUUUCCCUGCAACACUUUUCCGAGACAACGAUGACAGCUUUGGCCUGCAACCUCUCAGUUCACAGAUUGGAAAUGCGUAUGCAAAGUCCGCGCAGGCCAAGAAAAUAGAACUAGAUCAACUCAUGGCCAGAUACGAGGAAUUAUCAGACCAAAUUCAGCAGGGGGUCUGUUGUUGCAGUCGCAUGCAGGACGGCCGUCUCUUUGGGGACCGCUGUGAAAGAUGCCGGCAGGCGCGUCGUCGUAAGCGCCUUAAAAUCAUGGUUCAUGAGGCAUUCCUUCCCGAAGAAGAAUCGGCCAAAGCGGCCAUUUUGCUCGAACUCAACAUGCCCGAAUAUCUCUGCUUGUAUCGGGAUGCGACCUGGGCAUUGAGGAUGUUGGGAGUGAAGGAAUUUGAGGAAAGUUGUGCGAAUACCUAUUUAGAGGACUUGAAACCUCUGCGGGAAUUUGAGCACAAAAAUGUGUCAACCUCGAUAACUUUGGCAUCUCAUCAGAAGUCUUUUUUGCAAACACAUUAUCGUAAGCAAAAGAUGCCCAAGUCCGAAGAUCAAGUGCUAUUGCCCUUUGGUCCGGAUUUUGCAUACUAUGACCAAGAAAACUGCAUAUGGCCGCACGAGCAUGACGAGGCACCCUGGUAUCAUCAUUUACUCGGUUCUUGGCUUCCUGAAAGUAUUUUAGAUCCAUUUGCCGACGCUUCGUUAUACAUGGACAACUCAGAGCACCCGAGCUCCUAUGAGAUUGCGGCUCACCAAGAUGCAUGCCCCCGAGACAUGUCUCCCCAUGAGUACACAGCAUAUCAGCGAGCCAUCUCGGGCGUAUACAGACGAUGGAUUGUGCUUGUCUCUGAGCUUGGAUCGACAAAUCUGAAUCCCAGCAGCGACACGACGUUCAAGUUCUUUACACGAUUGGCAUUACAGUCUGGUCCAGAUCAGACGUCGGAAAUCUUGGGCAAAGUCCAUUAUAUUUUCCACGAUGCGGCAUUCUGCGAAAGAUUAGAGCACCAGAUUCGACUACGUCUAAAUGCCCUGCGUUCUGGCCGAAAAGACCUAAUCUGCAUGAGCACUCUCACAACUCUCAGCCUACGAUUGCACAACUUGUGCCCCAGUAAUUUCAGGUCAAACGUGGCCAAGUUGCUCCGUCAAACCCGGGAGGUUCUGUCUCUCUGGAUAUCUCAGCUUCGUGAUGAAUUGAGGCACACAGACAACGGGGAGACGGCGCGGAAAGCAGCCCACAGUGCAUUUGGCGCCGCAAUGCUUUACCGCCAAACUUUUGACAUUUUUCUGGCCCCCGACAAUGAGCCUCGGUUUGGAGAGGAAGAAGCCCUCCAUUUUUUCCGGGCAUCCAUCGCGCUCUCGGAGAAUCUCAUUGUAAACCUAGACGACGUCCCCCCCCAAAUAAAGCAACUACUGGUUCAGGACAUGACAAGGGCUUACUCCAUGAGCGACAAGAUCAGAGCAUGGACGCUUUCAAAUUUUUCGGCAUUAGAGACAGUCAUCAAUGAGACUUGGACAGAUGCGGGGAGCACGGAGUCUCGUUCAUUUUCAGAAUGGAGCUUCCUCAAUAAGGGGCAUUGGAUGGCAUCAAGAACCGUUGGAACGGGACUGGUCGCCUCCCAGACCGUUCACUAUCAUGCUCUCCAGGGACAUCUCUUGAUAGAUGGUAAGCCGUUGGGCAGACUACCCCUCAAGAUCAGAGAUGACAAGAAUGUCUUGGAGCUUUUCCAGGGGCAACACCUACUUACAAGACCCUCGGGUAUGGCUGGAAUGGAAUAUCAGAUCGUCAACAGUGUCAGCAACCACGACGUCCACGUUGGGAUCAGGAAAGGCAAAGUGGUCAUUCGUGCCAAAUUCAGGGGCUACAUCAUGGAGCACGUUCCUCGAGAGAUCUUCAAGGGCGACACAGUGCCGGACCUUCCUUCUGGGCUAGUUGAUGGCUGCGUGCACUGGUUGAACUUGCGCACGGGUACGCUUGAGAUGCGUCGAAAGCCUAACAUAUGGUCAUCAAAGUCUUCCAACUGGGUCUUGAAUGUUCGAACACGAAUGGCCACCCGCCAACAGAAAAUGGGCCUGGUGCCAGGUGCAACGACGGCCAAAGACGGCACGUGUCUCGUCGAGCCGCAGUCGGAGGUAGGGAAGAAGAUCAUGCACAUCUUUGAAAACUUUGAGAAUCCAGGGAACUUGACCAUCUAUCAACCACUAAGCGACAAUGGCCGUCUUUCUGUUGAGAUUAAGCGUCUCGAAAUGCGUUUCUUCGUCAAGACUAGAGGCUUGCUAUACUCUCAGCAGCUUCAAUCUGAAAUUGAUCCAGUGCAAGAUAUAGGUACACUUUAUGGUCUUGAAAGCAAGCUCGUGCUGCGCAAUGCCUCGAACUCUCGUCGCAAAAGCGUCAUGGUUCCUAUUGGACCCCUUUCCUGGGAAAGACAGGGGCCACAUGUUUCAGUCAAGAUCUCGAAUGAGGGCACCUAUGCUCUGUUCACUGUUGAUCCUCUCCUAGGGAGACUCAACUGUGCCCCCGAGCCUUCCCUGUUAUACAUGAAAGCUUUGAUUCAUGCCAUAACAUCCUUCCCUAUACCAGACGAGCUUACUGGGCGGACAGGAACCGAAGAGGCUUGCCUAUGCUUAACCGCUGCCCAAAGCCAGCCAUGGAAACCACUAGGGGUUCUUCCAAAGACAAUAUUGUCCGCGAUCAUUGCCCUCAGCCCGAGGCGGAUAUACUAUCCAGAAUACAAGAGACUUUACCAAAAAGCUUUUUGGGACAAGAGCUUGACAGCCACAAUCCAACAUGAGUAUCUAGCGAUUCACGCAGGAGAUAUACUUCGGCAAUCCCAGGCGCUGGAUAUCCCCGAGAAGGCCACAGAUGAACAAGGCCUACUUGAGAUGGACCUUCCAGACCUACAUCAUCUCGCUCUUCGGGGCAUUAUUCGCCGGCAGGUUUAUGAACGGAACAAGUAUCCUUGGGUUCUAGGAGUACUAUCGCAGGCCAAUGACGAUAGGUUGUACAUACCGCGUGGCUCCAGUUAUCAGUCCAAAGAAAGUACUCGAGUUUAUCGCGUCAUCAAGGAACUCCGGGAAGGAUCUGGCGCAAUUUCGGAGCUUCCUGAACUAAGCCCCAUCUUGGAGGAGUGGCGGAAUAUCGAUGGCUUCAACGGCAACUUGAGUACACUGGACAUUCAACGAAAUUUGAAUGCCCAUGCAUCCCAGGCGUUUGGCCCGUUGAUAACAAUGUUGAGAUGUCCGGAUGGCGCGACAUACUACAUUGCUCAAAUGACUCUUGCACUGUACGCUUUUGGCGAACAGGCCGACGCGGAAGCCAUUGCCUGGCUGGUGGCUGUCGCAAAUAACGGCACCAUGCGGGAUAUUGAACCGCCCAAUAUACACAGAUUUACGGAUUUCAGCCAUUUCCCGAAGUUCAACAAGUCACACAUCGAGGAUUUGCUCUCGUAUGCCCAGGAUUCUUAUUCGGCUUACGUAUCCGCUCGCGUCAAUUGCGACAAGGGGCCCAAACCUCGCGCCAGGAUGAAGUACAAGUACGAGAUCUGCAUCGCGCAAGAGGCAGACUCAGUGGCAUCUUGGCUGGAAAAGGCGUGGCCCGAUGUUCCACUCACAUUCGCCCAGUUUGUGGAAUCUUGGACUGAGUUAGAAUUCAAGUAUACGGAUGUGGCAAAGGUCUGGGAAUGCCUGGGGCCAGAGUUGCAAAGGCUGUCGCAAAAUCUUGUCUUGUCAGAUUAUGUCCAGUCUCUCGAAGAUGAGGCGGAAAAACUCCGCAACGAGUGUAGCAAUGCCAACUUGGCCUCUCAAAGAGCUUUGCAUACUGCGCAGCCCAGCUUCUCAACGACAAGGACAGCUGCUCAAGUUUCAUGGACAACUUUUCAAGCUUCAUGGGCAACUCUUCAAGAUUCACGGAUACCUCCUCAAACUUCAAGCUUCCCCAGGGUUGUGUACCACGUUCCAUGUCUUACCAAGGUGUUUCGGAAUAGCCGUGGAAAAAUUGAGAUCUUUGCCAAGGAUUCUCGGCUGCCAAAGCCCUCGCGAUUAGACGCCUCUGGCCACUCCAAGGACCAUAGUAUUCUCAACAGACUCCCGCGCAUUUCGGAAGAACUGUCGAUGCUGCAUCAAAUAGUUCAACCUUUUAAGGCGGCUAAAAAUUUAAUUAAGCAGCAGUAUGGCCAAGACCUUAAGGAUUCAAUCGCAGCGAUGGCAUGGGAUCUUGAGCAGCCUCAGCUGCAAACUCUGGAGCUUGCUAUGGCCGGGCUUGCGUUGACCACAGGAAGCUUAGAAGCCGAAAUUGCCGCAGUCGAAAAGGAUCUACGUGAAAAAAUAAUUCUCGUUGAAAAUCAUUUGUCCAGCCAGGACGCAUGCUAUUUCUGGCUUGAAGCAGGUCACUUGUGGCCGGGUGACUCUCUUGCUGCCAUCCUUGAGCAGCUCCGUCUCGAUAACUUCAAGCACCUUUCUUUGCCGCUGAAAAAAUCCUUGGUCCAGCUUGGAAUCUUGGUUACCAAACUGCAGCAACUUCUGCGAAUGCAGGAUGCAGAACGGUGUGGCGACAAAAAGAAGCUCCUCGAGGAGAAGAAUAGCACAGGUCAUUCCAACUGGACUCCAAUGAUCUAUCCAGAAUGGCUGUUGCUUGAAAUUGACAACAAUAUCCUGAUCAGGCCUCUUCAGGUGGAAGUAGCAAAGGCUAUCAUUUCACCGCAAUCCGAAGAAAACUCCGUUCUGCAAAUGAAUAUGGGCAAAGGGAAAACAUCUGUUGUGAUGCCAAUGGCUGCGCUGAUUUUGGCAGACAAGACCAAACUCUGCAGAAUUGUAGUCCCAAAAGCACUCUUACUUCAAACAGCACAGGUCAUCCAAAGCCGUAUUGGGGGCCUCGUCGGACGCCAGGUUCGUCACGUCCCCUUUGCGAGGCGAUCACCUUCCGACGCAGCCACAUUGUCUCGAUAUCGGGCCAUUCACGAAGAGAUGCAGGUGACGGGAGGGGUGAUGAUUUGCCUCCCGGCGCAUAUUCUUUCCUUCAAGCUGAGUGGGAUGCAGCGCCUUACAGAUGGACAGCAGAAAGUUGGCAAAGAAAUGGUGGAGAUUCAGCGCUGGCUAGAUAUCACUUGCCGCGACAUUUUGGAUGAGUCUGAUUUGACCUUGUCCGUCCAAACGCAAUUGAUCUACCCCAGCGGGGACUUUACUGUCGUUGACGGCCAUCCGUAUCGCUGGCUUGUUGUGGAGGAACUGCUGAGCUUGGUCGAGAAGCACGCUUCAAGUCUCCAGGACCAAUUCGAUGGCAAGAUUGUUGUCGUUCAGAGACACCGAUAUCCCAUCAUCCACUUUCUGACCACCAAACCGGAAGAUGCACUGAAUGAGCUGCUUAUCGACGAUGUCUGCAACGGCCGGCUGCCACGACUCCAAAUACAAGAAUCGAGCUCAGAUAAUGUCAGAUGUCUCAGGCAGAUUAUCAGCGGGGCUCAGGUGUCUUCUGCAGUUUGGGACAACGCAAUCAAGUCCCUCAAAGAUGAAGCUUUUGGACCAAAGAUUCUUUACCUCCUUCGAGGACUUAUCUCAGAACGCAUUCUUCUGCUCUGUCUCAAGAAGAAGUGGAACAUUCAGUAUGGAUUACACCCAGAAAGGCAACCCAUUGCGGUGCCUUUUGAAGCCAAGGGUGUCCCCUCGCAAGCGGCCGAGUAUGGACAUCCAGAUACCGCACUUAUUCUUACUUGCCUGGCCUUCUAUCAACAAGGCUUAUCCAAGGAACAGGUCAAGCAAGGGUUGCAAGGAAUUAUGCAAUCAGACGACCCAGUAGCUCACUACGAUCGAUGGAUUUGCUCAUGUGCCUCCCUGCCCUCGUCUCUUCGGUAUUGGAAUAGUGUUGAUCUAGGGAAUGACCUACAAGUGGAAACACUUUGGGGAUAUCUGAGGUUUGACCGCACUGUGAUAAAUCAUCAUCUUAACACCUACGUUUUCCCUGUCCAUGCCAAGCAGUUCUCGGUGAAGAUUCAAGCAUCGGGCUGGGACAUUCCUCUGCUGCAAUCAGACCUGUUACAACCAAUCAAGCGGGACGGCCAUGAUAGCCUCACAACCGGCUUUAGUGGGACUAAUGAUAAUAAAAGGAUGUUGCCGCAAACUAUCAAGCAAGAUGACCUACCCAAGUUACUUUGCACAAAUGCGGAAGUGCUGUGUCAUCUGUUGGAGAGCAGAAACAAAGACUGCCACCUUGCUGCAAAAGCUGGGAUAAGAUUUGACGAAAAAGAAACACUAAAAUUUCUUUGCGAUAAAGGAAUACGAAUACUCAUAGAUGCGGGGGCUCACAUUCUGGAAAUGCAAAAUGAGGACGUCGCGAAAACAUGGCUGGAUAUUGACACUCAGGCACAGGGCGCGGUAUAUUUUGGGCCAAAUGGUCAGAUCAUGGUUCGAUCACGGUUUCGGAGUCAACCAAUGCCUCUCAUUGCAAGCCCCUUCGCCAACGAUCUCAAAACCUGUGUGGUGUACAUUGACGAAGGUCACACUCGUGGGACAGACUUGAAGUUGCCUGUCGAAGCAAAGGGGGCGGUUACAUUGGGCUCGGGACAAACAAAGGAUCAAACCGUUCAAGCCGCCAUGAGACUCAGGCAGCUCGGAACAACCCAGUCAGUGGCAUUCUUGGCACCACCAGAGGUGUAUCGCAGCAUACUCGACGUGCGUAGAGCACACACUCAUGAGCCGCCACGCCAUGUAAUACCUACUUCGGUGGAUGUAGUACGCUGGCUCCUCGAGCAGAGUUGCAAAGCCAAUGAACAGAUGAUGGCUCUCCAUUUUUCACAGUGCCAAGAUUUCUGCCGUCGCACCGACAUUGUGUGGAAGCAUCCUAACUUUGCCACGAACAAAACGCACCUGGAGAAAGUCCUCGAAGUGAUCCGAAACGAAGAGCAGCAAACGCUGCAGCUUAUGUACGGGCCAAGGACGCAGUCCGAGCAGGUUGGCCUCGUCGAAGUGGCUUCUCGACGGCUUCAGACAUUUGCUCUCAAUGUUGCGGAUAUGGCCCGGCACGGGCAGUCGAGCUGUUCCUCUGCAUUAAUGGAGGUGGAGCAGGAGAGAGAAGUUGUCUUUGAAGUUGAACAAGUACGUGAGAAACAGAAGAGGACGGAACAUACUGCACAUGAAUUUCCUGGGGUUGACCAUGCCAUCAUGGUUUUCAUCACAACGGGUCAGCUAGAUACCAAGGCUGCUGGCCAACGAGGGCCUUUGAUGCAGGCUUUUGACUACGUGGGAAGUACAAAGAUUGGGAAGCAAUUUGGUGUCAAGUCUACCAGCUCCCGUUUCUACGUCUCUUGGGAGUAUACUCGUACAAUUAAAGUUGGUCGCGGUAUGGCGAGACACGAGAUCUUGCGACCCGUCCAUUGGAUCCUGUGGAAUCCAUCGUCAGAAACAGCACUGCUCAUCAUCCCGGAGGAGGCCGAUGCCAUCAUGCCGGUGCUUCGAAACAUGGAUACGCCUCUCGUCUGGUUACUUGGCUAUACGGCUCCGGUGACAAAGUCAAUGCAGGUCUUCAAUUGCCUUAGCUACCUGGCCGUUCCGAACUGGCCAAGAAAUUCCACACUGCCUACCUGGCUUAGCAUCGAGGUCGGUAUUUUGAGCGGCAGAUUGUACUUUAAGUUUUUAGAAUACAACGCUCUUCUCAGCUGGUUAGGCGUUCACCCGGACGAGCAACAAUCUGCAUCUUCUAUGGGCAUUCGGAUCAGUGAACCUCUUCAAUUUCUUCAGGAGUGGGUUACGUAUAGGCGCCAGACAGACGACAUUUUGAAUACCCCUGUUGGAUUUGUGUGCCAGCGUCAACAUCUACAUGAGGGCCAUUUCUUCUUUCUGAGUCAUGAGGCCAACUAUGAGAGUGCCGCGAGUAUUAGCUCAGACGAACCGCGCCUUGAGGAGACAGAUGAAGAUGGCGACGCCGACGAUACCGAGUCGACUGACGACGCCGAGGAAUAA